AUGAGUAAUUAUAAUGAGAGUAUACAACCAUGGGUUGAAAAAUAUCGCCCAAAAGACAUUGAUAGCGUUAGCUCACAAGAACAAACUAUUGCGGUUUUAAAAACAACACUCAAGUCACAAAAUUUGCCACAUAUGUUGUUUUAUGGACCUCCAGGAACUGGAAAAACUUCAACAAUAUUAGCUUUAGCUCAUGAAUUGUUUGGUCCAGAAUUAAUGAAAAGUCGUGUUUUGGAAUUGAAUGCAUCAGAUGAACGUGGAAUUCAAGUUAUUAGGGAAAAGGUAAAAAAUUUUGCACGUGCAACAGUUAGUCGACAUGUAAGCGAAUAUCCUUGUCCACCUUACAAAAUCAUUAUACUGGAUGAAGCUGAUUCAUUGACACAUGAUGCUCAAACAGCUUUAAGACACAUAAUGGAAAAUUAUUCUAGAAUCACUCGUUUCUGUUUGAUUUGUAAUUAUGUUAGCCG